AUCAGUACGACUCUAUAAAUAUAAUUUUUACAAAUAAUAUAUUCGAAAUGUGGAAUUUUUCUUCAGCCUUGAUGCAUUUACUGUGAAGACACGAGCAUAAAGCGUUUUUGAAAUAUGUUCUACGGAAACACAAGCCAUAAGACUAAUUUAAGAAUGUUAAAUGAGCGCUUGCUUGUUCUCUUCGUGUUUCUUUCGCUGUUUUUUAUGGAUGCAUACGCACGUAGGAAUAAAUCAAAUAUUACACGAAGAGUAGUGGGCGGAUUCAUGGCUGAUGUUAAAGAUUAUCCGUUUAUGGUCGGAAUAUUUUUUCAGAGACCUUACAGUAGCUUCCCUGCUGCAUUUUUGGCAUCUUUCACAUUGAUAACAACUAGAACAUUAAGCUCAAUUGAAAAUCUAUUUGGUAGAAUAGGCAACAACAAUAAAUACUUGGGGACGAAAAUAUCGUUUUCAAAGAAAAUCGAACAUCCGAAAUAUAUUGGAAGAAAUGUUGACCACGAUAUUGAGCUGUUGAUAUUACAAGAUGACAUUACUGACUUCCACCUAUGCCAGCCUAUGCCAAUACCUAUUCCUUUACCAAGAGAACUUACAGAAUAUUCCUCAGGAAGUGCAACUAUAGUAGGAUGGGGAGAUGUUGAGGAAUCCCAAAUAGAGGACGAAGCUUGUCUCCGAGCUGCUUACGUGGAUUUUGUUGAUCAUAAAGGAUGGACCCUAGAAGACGAACCAAUUGACGAUUCAGUAAUUAUUACACAUAAAGAAGAUACUAGUGCAAUGCCUGAUGACUCCGGAGGUCCAAUUAUACGUAAACGAUGAUGGAAGAAAAAUUCUAAUUGGAAUUAUAAGUGCACGUACAAUGGAUUCUACGGAAUUGAAUUUUUUUAUGUCAACUGCUUACUUUAUAGAUUUCAUAAAAG